AAAACGCUUCGGAUUUUUUUCUUAAUAUUGAUUUCACUAAUAUAAUGGGCAAUUUCCGUUAUUCCUUUAUAUUCCUUAUCACUGUUUUAUAUCUGAUUGCAAGUAUCGAUGCAAAGUCAAGUUCCUGGAAUUUUAACAACUGGAACCAUUACGGUAAAGAAGUAACUGUUGGUAGAGGAAGCUCUUGGGAUAAAGCGUGGGGUAUCCCGUCUCAAAGCGGUUGGGCUUGGUUUUGGAAUGGUGCCGAAAAGUUGAAGAAUGUCGCUGUCAAAGAUCCUGCUGGUAAGGAUGAUCUUGUUCUUCGUGUUACUUACCCUGCCGGCUCCAGAAAUCCUGAUACUCGUCCCAGAGGUGGUAUUGGUUUCAGAGCUCAACCCAUUGAAAUCAAUGAAAAUGUAAAGACUGUGGACUUUCAAUAUAGUGUAUACUUUCCUAAAGGCUUCAAAUUUAUUCAAGGUGGUAAGCUCCCUGGUCUUUAUGGCGGUCAUGGUGAUUGUACAGGCGGUGAAGAAUCAGACUCCUGCUUUACUACUAGAAUUAUGUGGCGCAAAGACGGUAAUGGUGAAAUCUAUGCCUACUUACCGCACAAUCAACGUAAGGAUAUUUGUGACGAAGACAACAACAUUUGUAACGACGACUAUGGCUAUAGCCUGGGCCGAGGCGAGUUCAAAUUUGAAACCGGUCAAUGGAAUACGGUUCGUCAAACAAUCACCUUAAACAACGCAGGCAAGCAGGACGGUAAAAUCGAACUACAAGUGAAUGGUAAAAAAGCUAUCACUGUCGAAAAGCUUAUUUUCCGUGAAAAUAAGGCUGGCCGUGUUGCUGGUAUCUUAUUCCAUACCUUCUUUGGUGGUUCUGAUAGCUCUUGGAAGACUCCUAAAAAACAAUACACCUACUUUAAAGAUCUUCAUCUCAGCGCUAAGUAAGCCUUAUGGUUUUGCAGCACCCUAUUCCUGUAGAUUAUAGAUCAAAUUUUUGUACACCUUUUUUUAACCAUUUCGCAUACUAUAUCCAUAUAGUCUUUGACAGACUCAAAAUUUUGUGCUUACAUACCCUCUUUCCACCCCCCCCCCUCCUUUUUUUUGUUAGUUUUAGUCUUUCCUUAUAAACAAACUUGUAAAUUUCUGAUAAGCUUCAUGAUAACGGUAAUCUCGUCAGAUCAGAUAUUUGUAGUCAUUGAGAC